AUGUCGCCUGAAUUCUCAAUGCCGCCCUCCGCAAUCCAAUUUGUGCCCCAAGACGGUGUUUUCGCUGUCCUCACAAUUGACCCCAUUGAUUCACUUGGGCAUUUGGAGGAUCAAGUCGCGCUUGACGCGGCCUCGAGCCUCACAUUCAAAGACUAUAUUGUCUUUGUUCCCGGUACUGACGAUUUACGACACCCUGAUAUUGAAUACCGUGCGGAGGAUGUCGAGUUCGUUUUACCUGGCCUCCCGAACGACGUCCCCGAUUUGUUUAUUACCUCUUCAAUGUCGCUUCCCAUUGCACCUACUCUGGACACACAUCACCCAACUCGCGAGCCGCUGCAGACUGUGGGCGAACUACCAUGGGCGGGCGGAUUCCUCUCGCCGUUCUUUAGCACAACAGUCCGCACAAAGACGGUGAUGCGGGUAGAUCCGAUUGUCUGCGAAUUGGGCAUUCGCGAACGGCUUCGACAUCGACGGUGUGGAGACCAGGAUCGCAAAGCAAGAGCUGAAGCAGCGCAAGCCGCAAGGGUCACACCCUCUCCUGACGAGGACGACCAGUCAAUUGUCUACAACGCAAAUUCUGACCAGUUCGAUGCUCCUGGUGCUGAUGCGGUUCCGCUGCCUGAUUGUAGCUCCGUCGAAGGCGGAGAAGUCGAGCAGCAUGACGAUUCGGCCGAACUCGACUUUAUCCGGCAUGCACUCUUCGCGCCUCAGCGAUCGACCUCGGAGGACAUGCUCACAGUCAAGUUCACCCACAACCUGCUCCAAGUAUCGUCUUUCAACAACCCCGGAGACUUUUUCCAUGAAAGGGAUGCUAUCGCCAGAAUCACCAGAGAAUCGUUUGAGCGAAGACUGGCGAGAGCUCAGGCGCAAGAUGCUGUGACCGCUGCCCGUUAUGCAGGGGUGAAGGAAGAAUUUUCGGAAAACGCCGUGCCUAGUGCUAGCAAGCGCAGUGUACUUGUUGGUGAAGAUGUACCCAAGCAGAGUGCAUUAACAAGGUGCCUCCAUGUGUUAAAACGUAUUCUGUGUAUUUCCACGUAA